GACCUAAACGCACCUGUUAAAUAUCCACCCAACACCCAUGCACACUGUACUUCCCAGUCAUUCCGUCUUCUUCUCUCAGAUCUAAGCAAAAAGUCAGACGAACCACAACCACCGCCAUGGCAACCACCCUCACCACCGACCUCCGCCUCUCCAUCGCGCACCAAACCCGAUUCGGCCUCCGCCUCGCCUCCGCCAUCUCCUCCGACCCCGAGUCUGCUGCCACCAACGUUGCUUUCUCCCCGGUCUCGCUCCACGUCGCGCUCAGCCUCGUUGCUGCCGGCGCAAGGGGUGCCACCCGCGACCAGCUCGUAGCUGUACUCGGGGGCGGUGGUGCAGGAGAGGCCGAGGCACUCCAAUCACUUGCCGAGCAGGUGGUGCAGUUCGUGCUCGCCGACGCGUCCAUCAACUCCGGCCCGCGCAUCGCCUUCGCCAACGGUGUUUUCGUCGACGCGUCGCUCUCGCUCAAGCCAUCCUUCCAGGAGCUCGCCGUGUGCAACUACAAAUCUGAGGUCCAGUCCGUGGACUUCAAGACUAAGGCUCCUGAAGCUGCUACUCAAGUGAAUACCUGGGUAAAGAAUGUCACCGCAGGUCUCAUCGAAGAGAUCCUCCCCGCGGGGUCUAUUGCCGAUACAACUAGACUAGUUCUUGGUAAUGCACUUUACUACAAAGGAAUUUGGACCAACAAGUUUGAUGAAUCUAAAACAAAGUAUGAUGAUUUCCACCUUCUUAAUGGGAGCACUGUUCAAACACCAUUCAUGUCUAGUACAAAUAAGCAGUACCUUUCAUAUUCGGACGACUUGAAGGUACUUAAGCUUCCAUACCAACAUGGUGGGGACAACAGGCAGUUCUCCAUGUACAUUCUUCUUCCUGAAGCACAUGACGGUCUCUCAAGCUUGGCACAAAAGUUGAGCACUGAACCAGAUUUUUUGGAGAACCGUAUCCCAACGGAGGAGGUUGAAGUCGGACAGUUCAUGCUCCCAAAGUUCAAGAUAUCUUUUGGAUUUGAAGCAAACAAAUUGCUCAAAACUUUGGGUCUUCAACUGCCAUUCAGUUUGGAGGCCAAUCUUUCGGAGAUGGUGAAUUCUCCCAUGGGCCUAUACAUCUCAUCUGUUUUUCACAAAACGUUUGUUGAAGUAGACGAAGAAGGAACUAAGGCAGGAGCAGCAACCGGCGAUGUGAUUGUAGACCGGUCACUACCCAUAAGGAUGGAUUUCGUCGCUAAUCACCCUUUCCUCUUCCUUAUUCGAGAAGACAUCGCCGGUGUAGUGCUCUUCAUUGGUCAUGUUGCCAAUCCCGCUGUGUCUUCAUAGUAUGUUUACCCUAAAUCAGUGUCUUGUAAGUUAAUUACCUAAACUGUUACAUGUAAGUGAUGGGUUUCAACAUUCAAUAAUGCUGCCGGUAUAAUAAAUUAAAUAAAUUGUUUUUAAGAAA